UAAUUAUCUUAAAAUAUGUAUAAUAUAUGACUGUUGGAUCCUUUUAACUAUACUGUUCCAAAUAAAAAGGGAACAGUAGUUGUAAAACUAGUACAGUUUUGAGUAUCUGACUAACAAUAAUGAUAAAGUAUCACCUUUGAAUGUUGCCUAUUGACCAUUCAAGAAUAUAAUCUGACCGUGUUCCAUAGCUCAGCGUAUGUGCGCAAAGAUGUUCCUUUCUUAUUUUGAAUAGAUAAAUAUGGAAGUUGAUGAAGAAGAUGUUGAAGCUCCAUCAUCAAGUACGAGUAGCCGUGGAGAAAAGAAAAGAUUUGAAGUAAAAAAAUGGAAUGCUGUUGCUUUGUGGGCUUGGGACAUUGUUGUAGACAAUUGUGCCAUYUGCCGUAAUCACAUUAUGGACUUAUGUAUUGAAUGUCAAGCCAAUCAAGCAUCGGCAACUAGUGAAGAAUGUACAGUUGCGUGGGGUGUGUGUAAUCAUGCAUUUCAUUUUCACUGCAUAUCUCGUUGGUUAAAAACUCGACAAGUAUGUCCUCUAGAUAAUAGAGAGUGGGAAUUCCAGAAGUAUGGUCAUUAAUAGAAAUACAUUUUAAGUUUUAACUUGUUUUUUUUUCAUUCUUUGUAUGGAUAAUAAAUAUUGAAGUAUUAUUAAAAUUUCAUUAAAAUUAAUUUUAAAAAAAAAAUUGCUGGCCCGUCACUGAAUUUCCUUUUGUCAAACUAUUUUAUAAGAGAUCAUCUUGUAAAAUAUUAAAUUACAUACAUUAUACAAUAAAAUAAUCUGUCUAAUAUGGAUUUUCUGAUAAU